AUGCAAGUGCCUGUGACAAGUGCCCUGAGGAUUACUGGUCCAAUGAGAACCACACGUCCUGCAUCCCCAAGCAGAUAGAGUUUCUGUCCUGGACAGAGCCCUUUGGGAUUGCUCUGACUCUCUUUGCUGUGCUGGGAAUUUUCCUGACUUCUUUUGUCCUGGGAGUCUUCACCAAAUUUCGCAACACGCCCAUUGUCAAGGCCACAAACCGGGAGCUGUCCUACCUCCUCCUCUUCUCCUUGCUCUGCUGCUUCUCCAGCUCAUUGUUCUUCAUUGGUGAGCCCCAGAACUGGACUUGCCGUCUGCGGCAGCCAGCUUUUGGCAUCAGCUUUGUUCUCUGCAUCUCCUGCAUCCUGGUGAAAACCAACCGUGUCCUGCUCGUCUUUGAGGCAAAGAUCCCUACAAGUCUCCACCGAAAGUGGUGGGGCCUCAACCUCCAGUUCCUCCUGGUCUUCUUGUGCACAUUUGUGCAGAUUGUCAUCUGUGUGAUUUGGCUCUACACAGCCCCACCAUCCAGUUACCGAAACCAUGAACUGGAGGAUGAGAUUAUCUUCAUCACCUGCCAUGAAGGCUCCCUGAUGGCCCUUGGCUUCCUUAUUGGUUACACCUGCCUCCUGGCAGCCAUCUGCUUCUUCUUUGCCUUCAAGUCUCGAAAGCUACCUGAGAACUUUAAUGAGGCCAAGUUUAUCACCUUCAGUAUGCUGAUCUUCUUCAUCGUCUGGAUCUCCUUAAUUCAUGCUUACGCCAGAACAUACGGAAAGUUUGUAUCUGCCGUGGAGGUGAUUGCGAUACUGGCUGCCAGCUUCGGGCUCCUGGCCUGCAUCUUCUUCAACAAAGUCUACAUCAUCCUCUUCAAGCCCUCCCGCAACACAAUUGAGGAGGUCCGCUGCAGCACAGCUGCCCAUGCUUUCAAGGUGGCUGCCAGGGCCACACUGAGACGGAGCAACGUGUCACGCAAGCGCUCCAACAGCCUAGGGGGCUCCACCGGCUCUACCCCUUCCUCCUCCAUCAGCAGCAAGAGCAACCAUGAAGACCCUUUUCCUCUACCGGCCUCUGCUGAGCGGCAGCGCCAGCAGCAGCGUGGGUGCAAGCAAAAAGUCAGCUUUGGGAGUGGCACGGUCACCCUGUCGCUGAGCUUUGAGGAGCCACAGAAGAAUGCCAUGGCCAACAGGAACGCCAAGCGCAGGAACUCCCUGGAGGCCCAGAACAGCGAUGACAGCCUGAUGCGGCACCGGGCCCUGCUUCCCUUGCAGAACAGCGAGCCCCUCAGUGCUGAGCCCGGCUUCCAGGCAGCUUCCAGCCCGGAGACCAGCUCACAGGAGUCAGUGGUGGGAGACACCAAAGAAGAGGUACCAAGCCCUGAGGCAGAGCCUUCCCUGCCAUCGGCUAACUCCCGAAAUUUUAUAGGCACUGGAGGUGGCUCUGUCACAGAGAACACAGUGCAUUCCUAA